UUUGCAAUUUCGACGAGUAAUGAAAAUAAGGAGGAAGGAGGGGUCAAGAGUUCCUAAAUACUUCGGUUUAUGUCCUCUAUAGGUUGUUGCGAUGUCUCGUAACGAAACAAAUGGAUUUAGUAAUUACAAAUUGGUUGUUGUUGGUGGAGGGGGAGUUGGGAAAAGUGCACUAACCAUUCAAUUUAUUCAAUCAUAUUUUGUGGUAGAUUAUGAUCCAACGAUAGAAGACUCUUAUACCAAGCAAUGUGUUAUUGAUGAAGUCGUAGCCAAAUUGGACAUUUUAGAUACUGCUGGCCAAGAGGAGUUCAGUGCAAUGAGAGAACAGUAUAUGAGAUCUGGGGAAGGCUUCCUUCUCGUCUAUUCAGUCACUGACAGAAGCAGUUUUGACGAAGUUUACAAAUUUCAUCGACAAAUUUUACGGGUAAAAGACCGAGAUGAAUUUCCCAUGGUCCUUGUGGCAAACAAAGUAGAUUUAGAACACCAAAGAAUUGUAUCUUCGGAGGAAGGCCCGGAGUUAGGACGACAGUUAAAUGUUAGAUAUAUAGAAGCGAGUGCCAAACUCAAGUUAAAUGUCGACCAGGCCUUCCAUGAAUUGGUUCGAAUAAUAAGGAAAUUCAAAGAUGCGGACAGACCACCUGCCAAGCCUGUGAAAGUCCCAAAGAAGAAGAAGUGCACGAUUUUAUAAUGCAUGUACUGGUAUUCAUGAAGUAUUCGGCCAAAAAUGUAUGUUUUCAAAACACUGUGGGAAAAUAUUCGGCAUUCUCACGAGCAGUUGUGAAUUACCUGCAAGAGGAUUUGCGGCUUAAAAAUUACACUAAACGGGUUAUUUUCGGUAAAUUACUCAAAUGGGUAUUUUUCCGUGAAUAACCACUUGGUAAUUUCUCUUAAAAUUAACCAAUGGUUGAUUUUUCAUGAUUGUGUAAUUUUGGUAUAAUUUUGUACGUCCAUUGUUAAGUUAUUUCUGCUUUGUGUUCUUCAAGUAUAACCAAAAAUAUAUAAGGCGAGCUUAUAUAUUUUUGGUAUAACUUUUAGUGUCAUACUCAUGACACUCUUUGCAACAAUGUUUUCAUCUCCUUCAUAUUUGGUUCAUCUGUCCCAAAUUGGUCUAAAAACUUCUUCUCUUUAAUAUAUUUACUGCCAAAACAUCAAUUUAUUCAACGAUGUUACAAUUUAUGAGGGCAAGUUGAUGUCUCUGUCCACUGUUAUGACUGUCAUUUGCAUUGUGUUUGAGAAAUCUUCUGGCCAGGGCCAUUUGUCAAGAAAUGUCGCUUUUCCUAGAGUUGCAAUUCGAUUCAGCUGUCCAAGAGAGUUCAGCCACAGAGCUUCAGAGCUUUGCGUUCAAGGUGGUGUCCUUUGACCAGUAUUCCUCUCCAUUCUUCAAUGGGGAACAUGCUUGAAGCAAAGUUGGUGUACUGUUCAUUUUGUGUAGAAUAUGUCAGUCCACACCUUGCCCAUACAUAAUCAUGACAUUUCAGCUCCAUCAAUUUACUCAUAUUGGUGAAUCUCUUGAAUUCGUCAUAAAUUCUCUCACUCAUUAAUCACUUAAAGGGGGACUAUAGGCAGGAGCAGUGGGGCUAAUUAGGCCAUCUUCAGGUGACUAAUAUACACAGUGAGGGCACUACGUCAUGUCAGAUUCAGCACUAAAUAUAUCCCUGGUACAAGCGUGAAUUAUUUCGACCUACUAUGAGAUGUGAGAGACCCCUAUUGGCAUCUUUGUGUAACUUUAUCUUGCCUACCUAGCUGCUGCCUAUAGUGCCCCUUUAAGGUUAUAAAGCUUUUCCGCCCUGUGCAUUUCAUCAUUGAAUUGCUUCCGAACUGCUGUGUAUUCAUGCAAUGUCCCUUCUCUCGUAUGGUACCUAUAUGAAAUACGUCUUACUACUUCACCUUCUGUUGAGCAUUCAACAGUUUAGCAAUGAUGCAUUGUUGAGCUCAGUGUCUGGCUCAAUCACCAUGACCAUGUCCAGAAUCAUUUCUCUUGAGCAUCUAAUGACAUUUAUUCUGAGUAGGCCACAGUACAACUCAGUAUUUCUAAUAAAACUGCCAUGUUACUUGUACUAUACUAGUUUGUAGAUGAGUCUUGCCCUUUGUAAAUGUUAUUGCCCUUGGUCAGAGUUGGUUCAUCAGUGUUUUGUCAUACUCGGAUUCAGAUCUUUUUGCAUCUGGUUGUGGAUAAGCUGGGCGUGGCCUUAUGCAAGUAUCAAUUCGUUUCUUGUACCCCCCCCCCCCUCCUCAAGGGUAGUUAAGCUAUCACCACUAAUCUUUGCCGAUGCUUGAGUAGUAUUUAUUUUUCCUUUAGCGAAAAUUUGGCGAAGCUGGAAAGAAUAAGGAUGCUAAUGUGUCGAUGUCUUGUCGAACAUACAGCCUUACCCAGUAAAAUUAGUUCGGUUACUUUAUAUGACGGUGAUAACUGAUAUAUUGUUGAUGGUGAUGUCUUGACGAAAGAAAAAGUAGCAUUGGUGAAAAAAGGGUGAUGCUUGAGCCUUAAGAUGUCGUUAUAGGGUGAUAAGGUGUUGUACCCUUGAGGAGGGGGGGUACAAGACACGAAUUGAUACUUGCAUUAGAUUGAAAUGAUUGUAACUUUCGGUGGAUGGGGUAAGGAAGCUGGAGUACUUGACCUUUGACUUUGAGUAAAGAAGAAUCUGAGUGGGUGAUAAUAGAUAGUGAUAAGGGUCUCAUCUCCAAUCUCUGAUGCCAGUGUUGCUAUCUUUGAUGAAAGGUACGUCUGUUGGUGGACAAGGUUUGAUGGUUCUUACUUGCUAAAUUGGCAAAGAGGUCUGUUGAUUAUUGUCUUUGUGAUGGAGGGCAAACUUCCUUCCGCUGUCUUGUGAUGGCAGUGUCGUCUGCUACCGUAUUGUUUAUGGUAGGGUCGUCUGCUGAUGUACUGUUAAACAUUGAUAAGGAACUGAGUGAUACUGUUAUGACAAAGGUUUGUGUACAUAACUGUUGAGUGUAAAUGCUGUACAUUGUAGUCACAAUUGUAACUUACCUUAUAAAGUGGAAAUUAGGAUUGAGUUUUAGUUGAGUGUUUUAUUCGAACUCUUCAUGUAUUCUGACAACUUGCAUUUGUCUUUUUCUCACAACUGUUGUGUCUUCCAACGCUUUUACUUUCGAUAAUUGUAGAAAUGCUGGUAUCAGUGAAAAUAAUAAGGCAAAAUUGGGAUAUUUUAGAUUAGUUUCCUCAAGAAUUCAUUAAGGCUAAGAAUUUGGAACUUCAGAAAUUAAAAAAACUCAAGUUUUUUUCAGAAGGGUGCGUAAAAGUUUUAUUUAUUCUUUGUUUCCUUGAAAGAGACAGACUUUAUCAGUAUUGCCUUUUGUAAUCAGUGGUCAUAUAUUAUAAACUUUCUAACUUUCUUGUGCUAAAGUGCAUUUGUUGGGAUAUAAUAAGAUAAAACAACAGAAACAACAAGCCUGUAUCCCUCGGGAAUUUCCUUCGCCUGCAUUUCUUCAAUUAUGGUUUCCAUCUUCCGAUUUUUUCGGACCGAGUUCACCGAGCGAUUGUUUUGAAUCGCCGCACAAUGCUGAAAGCACAUGCGCUUUUUGUCGCUGAAAGUUGCCUUAUUUUUAUCUUAUGUAUUUAUGUUCUCUAAUUGUGUAAAGUCUGUGCAAUAUGUGAGAUAUUUCGGUCAUAUUUCCAUGUUCUCAGUCGAGUCUAAAUACAAUAUCUAUUGCAAACUUUCCAGACAAAAAUCGCCCAAUUUUCAGCAUCAAUCCCUUGUCAUGGAUUCGUGUAGGUCAUGUGAGUUAAUAUAUGGAAUUUUUGCUUUGUCUUUGUCUGACUAAUGGCAAGCUCCUAAGUAUGGUGUAUUUGGGUAACUUAAUCGAAAAAGCGAUAUAAAUUAGUGUUCUUUAUUCAAAACGAGCAAAAUGUCAUCCCAGACAACGAAUUUCUAUCCCUCAUACAUUCACUCUUGAUUAAAUUGUCUGUGCGCAUUGAGAGUAAUGAUGUGUUGAAACCUUAUGAUCUAUGCCAUAUUCUUGGUUGUGAAAUGCGAUUAGUUAGUCUGUCCAAUUGUCUCAUUGAAAUAAAGUCAGCUUCAAAAUUUCAUUGGAAUGAAAUAGACCAUCAACCUCUUAAUUUUCAUCAUGAGCCUAGAAAUUAGCAAUAUUCGCAUAUGUUGGUCGAAGUGAUAACAUUACAUGUGAAAAAAAAGAGUUUGUUCUGUCAUUUGCAAGCUGUAUGCUAAUGCAAUGGCAUCAGAAUAUCAUAAGUCGAUUUCACUCAAAUUUAGGUCCAUGGAAGUAGACAUGGGGUAACGGUUUGUGCAUUUUUUAUGCCAGCCUAGCUUUGGUAAGGUCCUACUUGUACGAGUGACAGGCGAGAUAUCUGAACUUAUCAUUUUAACGUAUGAAGAGUAAGGAACAGUAUAAGACCUAUGGCAGAAUCGUUAUUUCAGGAGCAUAUUGGAAAGAUUGCCAAAAAGAGUAAACCCAUUUUCCAUUCUCUGUUGAACCAGUUUGGGUUAGAAUCUCUUUGAUGGUGUCAUUUAUAUCAAAUAUUUACCUAAUCUGCGGAGAUUUCAAGUGAUAUAGACAAAUGACUUACAUGUAUGCAGAAAAUGAAAGCUGAUGUCUUUCUGAAAGUUUUCACCAUUCCUCUGUUAUCUAGAUUAGAUUGAAAAGCUGCGCUGUGAAAGUUGGUUGUUGAAAGAUUAGGAAGUGGAGAAUUGAAAGCUAUGUGAAAGACAGGGUUUCGAUUGUUAUAUUGAUUCAGUUGGUGUUGGGAACUUUAUUGUGAUGUCCCUUUAUCUUGUCAGCGAAAUUUCCUCCCUGCGAGGACUGCAAAUGUAUUCUAAGAAAGUGAGUAUUCCCCACCCUGACCACCUCAUUAUGGGUGUUGGUAUUUUGUACCAAUAUUCCCACAUAUUAGUUUGCUUUAAGACAAUCUAACCCAUAUUUGAAUCAGGGUUAAUAGUUAUCUUCCAUUUAGAAUAAAGUAUUUUGGGGGUAUUUGCUUGUAGGGUGACAUUGUGUGGCUAAUGUUUGGUUGCUCUCGUAAAGUGCAAUCCAUUACAGAGGCCCUGUGUAGGUCCGUUGGUCGUGUCCUGCCCAGGAUUCAGAGCAAUUCAACAGAUUAUUGGGCCAUGAAUUCAGUAGGGUAGUGGAGAGUGGUCAGAUACUCAUAAACUAAAAUAGCUCCGGACAUGUAGAUCUGGAUGAAUUUUAUAGCUUUUGUACAAACGCAUUUAUUCGUUUCAAUUAGCAUUUAGAAAUUAGUUUGCUUUUGGUCGGUUGUGUGCGGUUGUGUUGUUGUGUGUUCAGAAGCUGAAUUGGUUGUAGAAUUCAGUUCAAUUUAAAUAUCAUGCACACGUGCAACUUGAUCAAGAGCAACAAUUAGUUUCAUUGAAAAAGAAUUCACGACUAUAAUUGCUCUUAGUUAAGUUGCAGAUGUUCGUCAUAUUUUUCAUCAUGGAGAAUCUGUAGUAUGCUUAACUAGGUGUUGUGUGAAAAUAUGGGAACAGGCGCCACUGUGUACAGUUCCUUAAAGCAUAGAUACUUUUAAAUAGACCUCCAGACGCGUUUCGCCUCAUUUAUUUUGCAUCGCAAAGGCUCAUCAGUGGGCUUACGAUGUGAAUUGACGGAUGGUUUCUGUUCAAGUGACUAGGUGUUGUGUACCAAACAACUGCAAAGCCUUGGGCACUUUAUACUUCACCUGGCUGUAACGAAGGCAAUUAGAAAACCACAAUGUUAUUUUACAUGAGGCAAGUUCAUUGUGGCUAAAAGUAAGUGUCUGUUUGAUUUGCAGCAUACAGAAGAACCUUUAUUAGCGGACACCUCUCUAUUAAGGACAACCUCUCUAUUAAGGACACCCCUCUAUUAAGGACAACCUCUCUAUUAAGGACACUAGUUUUGGUCCCAAAUUGGUUGUUUCUAUUCAAUUUGACCUCUCUAAUCAGGACACCUCUCUAUUAACGACAGCACUUGUCAGUCCCGCGGGUGUCCUUAAUAGAGAGGUUCUACUGUACUUUGGCAUACUGGAGUAGCAUACAGUUUAGGUGGGGCUGAUUUCAAAAUGAAAAUGGUCAGACUUUCGUUGUACAACUUGCUAUCACUCAAACGUUAACAGUCCUGGAGAAAGCUGUCAACUCUUGUUAUAUUGAGUGUGUUUUGUGAUAUAUUUAUUAAGAUUUAUCAAGAUUCAUUGGAACCUGUCCAUAAAUAUGUUUAUUUGUUGUAUUGGUGUUAAAACGUAGAUCGAUGAUUUAUAUUGUCUGUGGGAUCUGAUGGGAUUUUGCUGCAUUUCGUGUUCAAUUGCUUGUUUCAAAAUUAGUUGAUUUUGAAUUUUCAUCUACAUGUAAUUUUGGCCAGCGAUUUGAAAGAAGUGACUUUAUAAAAGAUAUCUAUAUUCAUUUAUUUGGUGCUAUUUAAGUUAAAUAAAUAAAUUGAAAUCUUAUCCGAUAUUGUGAGAGAUUUGGCUAAGACUAAAAGGUUAUCAGUCCGGGUUCUAACAUCCCGAGAUCAGGUUUUUGCUACACUCCUACCUUGAGGGGGAGUAUAUUGAAAAUCACUGAUAACGUCAGGAUGGGGUUCUAGGCAAACAAUUUCAGAUUGGUUUGCGAAAUCCGUACCUGCAACAUAGCAAAAUGGAACAGUUAAGCUUUAAAGUGAUACUAUGAUGUGAUUUACAACUUUGCGGAAAUACGUCCGUUUUUAAUUGUUGAUCACAAAUGUAAAGCUCAAAUUUUCCAUUUUUGAUUAGAUUUAUUAUAAAAUCGCUGAAUGAAAACCACCGCGACCGCGAAAAUGUUCAUAUUGUGACGUCAUCAACGAAAACGGCAUCGAAGCGAGCCGUCCGGGCGGGAUUAAACCAUCAAUUUCUAGAAAAUGUGCAUUUCGAUUCGAAAACCUUACCGAUUUAUGAGAAAGUGACGUAGUCAUUUGUCAAAAACAGUUAAAACAUUAUAUGGUGAAAUUUGACACGAGUUAUCCUUUAAGCUGCACUUAGUAAAAUCAGACAAACCGUUGCAAGAUCCGCUUGUCUAUUUAUGUUUACUUGCUGAACUAAUCAUUCUUUGCUGCCCUAAAACUUGACACUGUUCAGCUUUUACGCCAUGCAGAGCCUAAUCAGGCAGGAAAACUGUCAGGACCGAUUACAUCUUGUUUGUAUUUUUGCAAAUCCCAUCAGAUCCUCUAUAUUAUAAGUAUUUAUUGUACAGAACCCAAGAUAUGAUUUAUGUCUACAAAAACAAUUAUUUAUAUUCACAAUCUAUUGAUUGCAUUGUGCUUUUUACUAUUUCACCUAGGUGUUUGUUUUUUCAUUAUGCCUUUAACGACUACAACCGUUAUUUUGAAAGAAAUUGCAAUUUUCCCCUCGAAGCAAAAUUAUCAUGACAUCAAUAGACUGGUAGGGCUGAUCCAGAGCUUCCAGUGCUUGUCAUGACAUAGUCUUAUUCUAGGUACGGUAUGUCCCAUGAGAUAUUUACUUUGAAAAGUUUAAUUUUGCAUUCUACCUACAGUUGCUAAUGAGUUCAAAUGUAGAUUGUUAUACCUCAAAUCCAUAACAAUGCCUUGUAGUGUGUUAUUGUAGUGUGUCAUUGUAUUUAUCAUAUUAUACUAUUCUUGGUUAAAAUUCUUACAAAUAUCUUACUUCUGCUCACUCAAUGUCGACACAAGAUUGUAGUAGAAGAUUACAAUGACUUUGAUUACAAUUUUCAGAUGUUCAUGUAGUGACCCCAAGCCCUUACUUAAAGGGGGACUAUAGGCAGGAACAGAGGGGCUAAUUUGGCCAUCUCCAAGUGACUAGUAUACACAGUAAGGGCACCGGGUCAUGUCAGACUUAGCACCAAAAAUAUCCCUCGUACAAGCGUGAAUUAUUUCGAGUUACUGUGAGAUGUGAGAGACCCCUAUUGGCGGCUUUGUGUAACUUUAUCUUGCCUGCAUAGCUGCUGCCUUUAAAAAUACUCACAAUGCAUAUGUAUUGUGUAUAACAAGAUGCUUCACAAUGAUGUUGUUAGUAGUCAUGAUAAUGUGCAAGAUUUUUCAAAGCAUUUAUAAGUUAAUGAUCAGCAUCAAAGUACACUGCUUAUUUUCUAGAAUUUCCCUAUAAAUUGAACAGGGUCCCCUUUUUAUGCUGUCAAACCAGAGUUGUGCAUUCAUUCCCUAUGUUAAGCCCAAUGGUGGUGAAUCCUUGCUAAUAAAUUUGCCAACUUUAGAAUAUGAAGACUUUAUAGGUUAUAUAACUGUAUCUCCUUGCAUGUCACUGGUCAUUUUUUCAUUUGGUCACUGUAUAUUAGAGAAUCACAAAACUAAGAAACUAUCCGGGAAUGAGAGCUUGCAUUUAUAGUAUAAACUGUUCAGUGUCUGUGAGAGAACUCAAAAGUGAUGUUUUACCACAAGUGUUAACCCCGAGGUCAAAAGCUUGGUACUAGGUCUAAGUAAUGUUGAAACUAGCUGGCUGCUGAUAAGGUCAUUUGCUUGGUAGAAUAUCAUUUUUAGGGGCUCGUAAAAAAUAUUUUCUGAAGGUGCAGUUUCGCUUGCCAUUUAGGUAGAAGUCCAUAUCAGAUGUGAUGUCUUGAGAGCUGACGGUAGUCUUCAAACACUGUCACAGGGGUUUUAAAAAAGGUCAAACUCUAUAUCAGUUCCUUUGAUGAAUGCGACAUGUCAUUAGCUAAUUCAAGGAAUAAUUUCAUUCUUAAAAGGUCAAGUCAAAACCUGCACUCAGCUCAACCUGAGAUUUCUGUCCUCUGAAAAUCAUUCCUGGCAACCGUGAGCACUAGGUUUAGUAUUUUCCAAAGCAGACAUAAUCUUAAAGUGUAUUGAGAAGGCUGGCUCGUCACGCUUCGAUUGGUACACCAGAGUAUGCAGCUUUGGGCGGACAGCCAGCAAAAGACUUUGCUAAAACUUAGAAAUAUAUCGGCAAUUGGGCAAAGAUCUUGAGAGUUUUUAAAAUCUUCUUAAUUAGCUGGGGAACUGAAAAGUUAAGGCUCAGUAGAAAUCAGAUUUUGUCACUCCAGUCAUGAUGUUAUACAGUGGAACCUCUCUAUUAAGGACAACCUCUCUAUUAAGGACACUAGUUUUGGUCCAAAAUUGGUGGUUUCUAUUCAAUUUGACCUCUCUUAUCUGGACACCUCUCUAUUAAGGACAGUACUUUUCAGUCCCGAGGGUGUCCACAAUAGAGAGGUUCUAAUGUAAUCUGAUACAAGAGCCCCUUAAAAGGUUCGCCUUCAUCUUUGAGUAUUACUGUCAGUUCUGAGAUGAGCAUAUUAUUAGACUGAUACUCCUGAAUUUGUCCUGCAAGUAGACACAAGAACCUGUAUUUUAUAUGAUUUUAUCUUAUCUAAACUGCGCUAUGGAAUUAAUAUAUUUAUUGAAACGAGAAAA